AUGCCCGCGUCCGAACCUGCUUCGGCAGCACAACCAGCCAACGGCCACGGCGACCCGCAACGAACUCCCAACGCCGUCAGCAUACAGACGCCCGAGGCACCCCAGUCGCUCGACGACCUCCUCCGCUCCCCCCACAAUCCGGCCUACGCCAGCGGCAAUGGUGUCCCUCCGCAUUCGACCAACCUCUCGGCAUCCCCCGCUCGCGAUGAACGGCGCUGGAACGGCUUCCACCUCUGGCGCACCGAAUCCGAGGACGCCAAGCAGGCGCGCCAGCGCAGGGCCGUCGAGCAGCAUCUCGAGCAGGUCGAGCCCCCAUCGCAAUGGUCGCAGGUCGGCAAGAGGAUGGCGGAAAGCAUGCACAACCUGACCUCGCGCAGCAUGCUGAGCAUUUACCGACACACCGACCAGGUCGACUUCCGCUCCGACCGCCUCCACACCGACACCGACGACGAGGGAGACGACCGCGACGACCCCAGCCAGGACGCCGAGGCCAAGCUGACAUCGUUCGGCCUCAUGGUCCUCACCGUCAGCCUCGCAGGAGCGCAGCUGGCCUGGACGCUCGAGCUGGCUUACGGGACGCCCUACCUCCUCUCCCUCGGCCUCAAGGAGCAGAGCACCAGCCUCGUCUGGCUCGCCGGCCCGCUCAGCGGUCUCAUUGCUCAGCCCGUCAUCGGAUCCCUCUCGGACAAGUCGACGUCCAGCUUCCGACGCAGAAAGUUCAUGAUCGCCUCGGCGGCCCUCCUCACGGUGUCGACCCUCGUCCUGGCCUACUCGGUGCCGCUGUCGACCCUGCUGGUCGACCUCUUUGGCGGUGGCCUCGCCGACUGGGAUCCGCGCCGAGACUCGCUGGUGCGCACCGUGACGCAGUGGAUCAGCGUCAUCGCAUUUUGGAUCCUCGACUUUGCCCUCAACGGCCUGCAGGCGGCCAGCCGCGCCCUCAUCCUCGACAUUGCCCCCAGCUCGCAGCAGAGCGUCGCCAACGCCUGGCACGGCAGGAUGACGCACGCAGGCAACGUCGUGGGCUACCUCUGCGGCUGGCUCGAUCUUGGCCGCUGGAAGGGACUUCGAUGGCUCGGUGGCGGCCAGUUCCGUCGAUUUGCCGUCGUCAGCCUACUCGGCAUGCUCGCCUGCGUCACGGCCACCGUCACGGCCAUCAAGGAGUCGGUGCCCCUGCGCCACGGGCCUGCGCACCGUCCUAGCCUGCUCGAGCAGGCGCGUGGCACGCUCGAUAACGUCUGGCAGACGAUCCGACGCCUGCCGCGCCCCGUGCGACGCGUCUGCAUGGUGCAGCUCUUCGCCUACAUGGGAUGGUUCCCGUUCCUCUUCUACAGCACCACCUUUGUCCAGCAGAUCGACGGCGCCACCGUCAAGGCACGCUCGCACGACUCGGGCGCCGACACCAAGGCGGAGCGCGGCAGCUUUGCCAUGCUCAUGUUUGCCCUGGUGGCGCUCGCCUCGGGUGCGCUGCUGCCGUACCUCUCCCUGGCCAGGGAGCGGCGGAGCGGCGCCAUCGCCCUCCGCGAGGACAUCGACGGCGAGCGUCCCCUCGACGACGAUGCAGAGGCCCACGGCCAGCUCGAUCCGGAACUCGAGGCGAGCAUGCGGGCGAUGCAUGCUAGCGACGCCAUGACGCUCGGCGAGCGCAUCCGCCGUGGCAUCAGGCACGGUCUCACCCUGCGCACCCUGUGGACCCUGGCCUCGCUCUUGUUUGCGGUCCUGAUGGUCGCCACGUUUUUCGUCGAGACGGUGCAGCAGGCGACGCUGGUGAUUGCGCUGGUCGGCGUGCCGUGGAGCGUCGCCACCUGGGCCCCGUUCGCCAUGGUGGCCGAGUUUGUCCGCGAGGCCGAGGACGGCCAGUCUCCGUUCGAGUUCGACGGCGACCACUGGAGUCCGCGUCGGACGCAGGCCAGGGUCAAGGCGAGGAGGCGCAGCAGCCUGAUGAGGAGCGGCGAGUUCACCCGCGGACGGCGCGGCCUCGUCGAAGGCGCCAACGGCGAGCAGGACGUCAAGGCCCGCCUCAGCGCUGCGCUGGUCGACUGCGAGCCGCUGCGCGGGUCGAGCCAAUCGCCCCUCCGGCGCGAGACGGGCAGCCUCGUCGCCCGGGGCGGCGAGUCGGUGGCGUCUCUGCGUCCCGUUCAGCAGGUGCGGACCGAGACUGGACUCACGGCAGAGACGGAGGAUGGCGACUGGGAGAAUGCGCUGGUCGGCGCGGGCGAGGACGAGGAGCCCAAGUUUGGCGGCACGAUCCUGGGCAUCCACAACCUCGCCAUCGUCGCCCCGCAGUUUGUCGUGGCCAUCAUCAGCGCGCUGAUCUUCAGCGCCGUCGAAAGGGGCAACCGCGGCGGGUCGGGUCCGUCGAUGAUGCUGCAGCUGGGCCUUUCGCCCGGGCUGGUCGAGACGCUGCAGCGGGGCGGAGAUAAACCGGCCGAGGGCGUGGCGUGGGUGCUGCGGUUCGGCGGCAUGAUGGCCGUAUUUGCGGCGUUUGCGACGAGAUUCGUGCCGCUCACCGCGACGGAGAGGAGCAGGCGGGGCGAGACGACUUUGGGUGGCUCGGGAGGAACGAGAGGCGGAACAGACGAGGGAGAGGGAGGAAGCGAGGAUGGCCUAUGA